AUGAGCUACAACCUCGCUGCACCCUCUACGUUCUCUAAUGAAACUGGCUCCUUUUCAGGAGCAGGCGACUCUGGAAGAAAGGACCAUCGCACCAUUGCCGCACUACCCGAAAUGCCAGAGGUUCGCCAUGUCCAAAUCCCCAAUCCCGCAUAUGUCCCGGCUUCCAAGAGAGAUUCAUCCCAUCCUGGAAAGCGCAAGUCUCGAAAAAAAAUCCCUCGCACUAUUACUACCGCAAUUUACGAGCCGCGGCCGUCUACUGAUCUUCCCCCAGUUCCAAAAGUAGACGACGGCCAGGUAGUGUCGUAUGUGCGCCAGCUAAUGAAGCGCUAUGAUAUGACGUGGGAUGAGGUUGUGGAAAUGCUUGUCGCACUGCAUGGUAGUCUCGAGCGUGCCGUGUGGUCAAAUGAGAUGGGUGAGGCUGAAGCCAAAGAGAGGCUCAAUCGGUUGAACGCGCCUCCGGAUGGAGUGGAAUUCGGUGCCAUCGGUCCCGGAGAAGAGGUGACUGCCGCGCGACUAGGGCCCGACCUCUCGAUCCGGGUUUGGCCUGGUGAUCAUAAUGAUUGCUAUGCUUUUGAUUUUGCGAACGGUCAAGGCCAGUACAUUUGCACACCUGAGGACAUCGAGAUCUGGUCUAUGCCCUCCGGACUCGGCAUGCCUGCUCCCGUUCGGUCCAUCGAGGCGUCGGUAGGGUUCCUAGCGACCCCCUUCUUCAAUCUGGACAUUAACAAGGGCAAGUUCAAACCUGAUUUGAAUUGGGAGACCUAUAUUAUCCCGCAAGGCACCACCCUCCGUAUCAUGCAACGCGGACAUGAAGAUUGCUUUCUUGCAAUACCUUCGCGGGAGAUGAAUCCUGCCAACGUCCUUGUUCUCCAGCCUUGGGCACCUAUGCGAGACUGA